ACGACGCGAUCCCCAUUGGAUGCAGCUUGCACCUUCAGGAAGCCGGGGCUGAGCCUCAUUUUCCCGGCAGUACAGCGGGGCUGGCUAUGCAAACUGUCGGCAGUAGUCGCCGAUACAAUCGCUUUGGAUAUCUCUGUAAACCAACCAGUCUAGGCCAAAACUGAUGUUUUGUAUCUCGCAGUGACUCUGAAUGCUCUUCCUCAGUGUCGUACCUCGAAGCGCGACGAGCUACCUCGUCUGCAGCUUCGGUUACCGUAGGCACUGUAUUGAUACGCACAACAACAGUCCUCACUGUUCGUCAGAUCACCAACAGAUCGCCUCCUCUACCGAUCCCAUGGCCAGCAGCCCCACAGACGACCAGCCACCCUUCUCCCUGGAUUCCUACCACGUCUCCAAACAGUAUGGCUUCAUGCUCCCGGAACCCCUGGCUGAGCUGCCCCCAUACUAUCAGCCAUGGAUGGACAUUGCCCAGUGCGUCCCAGAGCUUAUCCACUCCCAUGCACUACGUGCCCGGAUCCAUCAGAUGCCCCAGCUGGACCCCAUGUUCCUCCAGAAGUACAGAGAGCUGCGCCUGGCACACCUGGCGCUCGCCGUAAUGACCAUGGGCUACGUGUGGCAGGAGGGUGAAACAGGCAUCGUGAAGGUGUUGCCCCGAAACCUGGCUGUCCCUAUCUGGGAGGUGUCCCAGCGCUUGGGGAUUCCUCCAAUCUUCCUCCACGGUGAUGGAGUGCUGACCAACUGGAGGAAGAGGGACCCUGAGGGCCCCUUUGACAUAGAGAACAUGGAGCUGCUGCUCAGUCUGCCAGGGGGAGAGAGUAUGGAAGGGUUCUUCAUCGUCACCAUGAUGGUGGAGAAGGCCGCAGUGCCUGGCCUAAAUGCCAUCCCAGUGGUGAUAAACGGAGUGCGUCGCGGAGAUGCCAAUAUGGUGACCAGGGCACUGGAGGACAUUGCCCAAGCCAUCGGCAGUAUGACAGAGAAACUCAGCCUGAUGCAUAAACACGUCGACCCAGGCACCUUCUAUGGGACCAUGCGGAUCUUUCUUUCAGGGUGGAAAGAUAAUCCCUGCAUGCCGGAGGGACUGGUGUAUGAAGGGGUGCAGGCAGAGCCCGUGCGGUUUUCGGGAGGGAGUGCAGCACAGAGCAGUUUCAUGCACUGCUUUGACGAGCUGCUGGGGGUGUCACACGAGCCCCAAAGUGGGGCCUUUCUCACACGUAUGAGGGACUACAUGUUCCCCCAACACAAGAGGCUGAUCCAGGACAUCUCCUCCAGUCCGUCCCUGCGGCAGUACGUGCUGAACCAGGACAGCGAUCCCCUGACCACCGCCUUCCACCGCUGCGUGUCCCAGCUGGUGGCACUGCGCAGUUAUCACAUCAACAUGGUGAGCCGCUACAUCGUCGUUCCCGCCGCCCGCGCCCGCCAACUCCGCGCCCAGGGGCAGGGGUGUGUGAAGAAUGCUCUGAGCAAGGCCCCCAAGGCCCUCGAGGAGACGGGCACAGGCGGCUCCGGAAUCAUGUCCUUCCUCAAGACCGUCCGUGACCGAACCAAGGAGGCCUCCCAGCCAACCCCCAAAGCAGACUCAUAGCCAAAUACCUCUGAGUCUCUCCACCCUCUCCUACCCCUCAUCCCCUGCUCAUAUGUUCUGUACCAGAACAUGCAACGACAAGAAAUUUGACAGUGUACAAUUUAAAGAAAAGAAUAAUACAUUAUGGUAGGCAUCGCUGAAGUGCAAUCUAAUUUCUAUUGAAGUCAGGAGUUUAUGACUGUAACUAUGUUUAAAGUAAACAAAACAAUACUCUGCAUACCAAAGUAUCACUCCGCAUUCCAAAAUUAAAUCUGUUCGACCAACAUUUUGAGUUUAAACAUGGCAUCAGUAUUACAGCGAUUCAAGCACUUUUGUCCAAACCACAAUCUAAAGCACAACCAUUAAUUUCAAUGUAAUGCGACCCCCAAAUCCCUUAAUUUAAUCUAAAUUAGAUUGCAAAAAAUAUCCCACAAACCCUAAUUCCUGGAAAGCAUGACCGUAGGGGACGGCUGGAAAGGGUGGUUAUAUUCAGAAUAUCUAAGCAAGCCUGAGAAAAGCUAAGUUGGGAAUCGUUUUGGAAUGUAUCAUGUAUGGAGGAUUCUGCUUCUAGAACAGUAUGGUUAUAGCUGCAGCUACUCCGGUUCAGUGCACUGAAACCCACAGGGCAGAAGCACAGCUCCACACAGAGCUGCUACACAUAGAGGGUCCACAGGAGGGCACUAAGCACACAGUGUGUUCUGAGGAGUGAGGCAGUGGUGGAGAGACCGCUGAACUGCGGUCAGUGUGACUGACUGACAGACACACACACACUCACAUUCUGUGGUACUUAACCCUUCUCCCACAAUGCACUGUAUCCAAAACUAGCAUUGUCAAGGAGUCGUGACUUCAUAUCUGCUGCUUAAAGAUGUAAAUUAAUAAAAACAAUAAAAC